ACUGAAACGUCAGUGUACAGUUGGUCGCCAGGGAUUAAAGUUAAUCGCUUUCGAUUUCGGAUUGGUUUAUUAACAAACCAUCCACUUGACAUUACUAUAUUUUGUGCACGAGAAACAUACAAUGUAAUAUUAUUUAAAGACCAACAGCCCUGCUGGUUGGGAAUAAUGAGGUAAUCUAAAACGAUAGUGUGGUGCGACUGGCAGGUCAGUGUUGAGUACGGACGACCAGCCACAAGUGUCAUCAGUCAUUAGAUUUGUGCACGCUUUCUGUGUUAACACAAGUAUAACUUCCGUGUUUGGGGAAGGCAGUAUUUUCUCGCUGUGUAAAGCUUGUGAGAUGUGAAAGAAUCCGCAACAAGGCCACCUCGACAAUAUCCCACACUAACAAGCUCGAAGACUUAAUGAACAAAACAUGUCGGUGAAUGGUGCCUCCUUGUCUGUGAAAGAAAGGCUGGCUUUACUGCAGGACAGCAAUGCUGGCAAAAAUAAAGAGCUUGCAGGACCAAUGAAAACAACAUUAAGACCCUCAACUGCCACUAAACCGGAAAUCAGCACCACACAACCAAAGCCAGUGCAUCCUGCUUUGAAGCCAGUUAAGCCUCAUACAACAGAUUCAGGCGGAGCUGCCAGUCAGGAUGGUUCUGACGCUAUCCCAAAGUGGCGUAGGAAAGAUAUAACACCUGUUAAACCUCUUGCCAGUGACACAGAUGUUACAUCAUCUACAACCCCUUCAUCUCCAUCUGAAGAACCAGUGCAUGACAAGUCCACUGCCCGGCUCAGUAUCAAAGAAAGACUUGAAGUAUUAAACAAAAGUUCAGGUGGCAAAGAUGGUUUACCAUCCAUGUCACCUGUCCAAUAGCUCCCAGAAAGCUUUAUUUCCUAAACCUCAACAGAAGGAAAAUCUCACUUCGCCUUUAAGUCCCAAGGGAGACAAUGCAGAAUCAAAAUCAUCAAAGUGGCCCCCUGUACUCACCAAAAAGAUUGGUGAACACCCUGUCAGUGUCCCUUCUCAGAGUGUUCCCAAAGAAGACAGUGCAGAAUCAGCAUCAUCAUUAUCACCUACUAGUAAAAAGUCAGAAAAUGAAGAGCAACAAGCUAUUAGAGGAGGACAUACAAAUUUACCAGACAGAGGAUUAAAACCACUAAAGCCACCACCUGGAAAACUUAAAGUCAGCUUUCUGCCUAAUGAAAAUGAUAAGGCAGAUGAUAGCAAAGGAGGCAGCACCAAUUUGCCAAAGCCACUGAAACUGCCUGGUGUAAAACCUAUCAUCAAUGGCACAGUAGGUGCAGCUGAGCUUUCAAAAGUACAGCUAAGAAAAGCACCUGGAGCAAGACAGUCAAGUGAGCUGAUUGUAAGGCACACAGAUGGGAAAAAAUUUAGAAAAAUUGAUUCUGCCUUAUCAAAGAUCUCCUUGCCAGCACCUAAAAAACCUCAAAGACUUGAUAACAUCAAUCUAACAAAUUUCAUGCAGGAAUACCAAGAAGAAGUUGAAAAAAUGAAGAAAGAUCUGAUGAGUGAGAAAACUGGAGAAGAGGAGAUGGAUGAGGUUUACGAUGAUGCACAAAGUACAGAUGUUGUGGUCAGACAAAGCGGAGGUGCUGCACGACAAGGUGGUGCUCGGGUUUCUGCAAUCCCUGAGUUUACAGAGGAAGAAGAAAAACAUGAAUUCUAUGAUGACUGUUCAUCAAAGCCUGCUGAACCAGAGGAGAACUAUGAUGACUUUUCUGAGGAGGGGCCACAAGAAGAAUAUGAAGCAGUUGAUGAAAUCAAUAAACCUAUGUCACCACCCCCAUCAGAUGGCAAGCAAACAAAGAAAGAGAAGAAGGAAAAAGAGAAGGAUAAUGAGAUGCAACAAAAUAAAGAGAAAUCUACCAAUAAAGACAACUUGAGCAAAAAAGAAAAAGAGCAGAAGAAGAAGGAAGAAGAAAAAAGAAAAAUUAUGGCCAAGUUUGGGAUAAAAGACAUGGACCAAAAAAUAGGGGAUGGAGUUGUUUUGAAAGAUUCAGGUGGAGGCGCAUUUAGAAAAGAUCUACUAGCUGUCAGCAAAGGGGAGAUAGUGACAAUCCUCAAAAUGACUGACACUCCAGCUGGAAAAUGGCUUGUACAAAAUGCAAAUGGCAAAAUUGGCCUUGUUCAAGCAAGUAACAUUGAGGUGGCUACACCAACAAUUCGCACUGUUUUGGAAUCAAUAUCUGCAGCUACAGCCAAGGGUACUGAAUUAAGUGUUGCAGCAGAAAUGUCAUCAAAUAUGAUGUCUGGCUUCAAAGAUGAAAAGACUUCAACUAAGAAGCUACCUGAAGAUGAUGAUGAUGAACCAGGUGAAGUUUAUGAAGCCCUACCAGAAGAGGAAGGUGAACUAGAUGAUAUCUAUGAAGAACUAUGAGACUAAGAUGAUGAGAGAAGACAAGAUGAAGUUGGAAGGAUGGUUAUACAUAACAGGAGGAUAAUUAAAAUUUACAUUUGUAAAUUUGUACAUAAUUUGUAUUAGAAGUUAUGUAAAGUUGUUCUAUUAAGUGCAUUAUAUAUGUUAAUUGUGCGAAAAAUAGAGUAACAGGAGUUUAUCUUUUUGGUAAGGUUGUUUGCAUGUUAUAUGUGUCUGUGUGCAUGUGUAUGCACAUACACUGAAGACAGCAAGAUAAAAUAAAUUUUAAUGCAAUGUUAAAGUUGAUCAAAUAAUUUCAGGUCCAUGUGGAUUUUGUCUCUUAAUAUCCUUAUGUAAAAGCCAAAGAAACUGUGUGGGAAAUGGGGAUAUUUUUGGGGGGUGGUUGGGGGAGGUUGUAUGUAGACUAAAAAACAAACCCACUUUGCCUGUAUAUUGUCAUGAAAAUAUUGUGCUAGUGGUACCCAUGUAUGUGUUUGAACAAAUGGUGUUUUGAAACGAGUAAAACACAUCUAACAAACACUUUAUGCCAAAAAUUGAUCAUUGUAUUUAUAAGGCAUGUUUUGGAGUAUACAUGAAUUUGAAAUGUUUGCCUAUCAAGAUCAAUUAGAAACAGUCUUUUUUAUGAUGUACUGUAGUUGUUUGUGGAUCACAGAAGCUGCUGUUGAACCGGGCAUAAAAUUUCCUGCUUAUUCUUGUUUGACCUCCUGUCAGCUUCUCUUAACUUCUACCCAGGCAACUUAGCAGGCUAAGGUAGCCUUGGUGAACAUGGAGUAUGGAGUUGUAAGAGUUUCUUUACUUGCAUUUGCCUGUCACAAUUAGAUAGCAUGCACUCAUUCAAGGAUCUUGAAGUUGAAGAGCUUUCAUGAGCAGCAAGUGCAGGAGGGCACAGGAAAGACUGGGAAUAUCAAGAUAGGGUGAAAAGGAGGUAAAUCUGCUUGUUAUCUAUUCAGGCAUCGUUAUGUGCAUGCUUUCAAAAUGCGAACUCUGAGCAUUUCUUGUUAUUCUGUAAAACUGUUUUUGUCGCCAGGUUUCUAAUUAUAUGCAAUACAUUUACUUACAACCUAUUCUGAUUUGAUUAUGGACAAUUGUUUGUUAAUAUUGAGCUCAAAAUCAAGGACAAUAAAACUUAAACAGAAAUGUGUAAAAUUAUGUAAAAUAAGGAAGUAUUGAAUUUAUUUUGUCUGUAUAAUAUUUACUUUCAUAAUCCUCAUAAGAUUUUAUUUUUUACUUUGGAGUAUUGUUGCACGUACAUAUCCAAGACACUAAAAGAUAAAAAGCCGAACUCAUAACACAAUCCAGAAACCCAUUCAAGUACGAUGUCUGGCAAAUGUCAACACAUUAACACAAAAUUUCCAAAAGUAAGACAACAAAGCACAUUAAAACAAUAACCGAUAUUGUUAAAUAAUUUUUAUUCGGUCCAUGUAAAUUGUAAACUUAAUCCAAGCCCACUAACUACAAACUCAUCAUCAUUUUAUCAUAAACAGGUAGUUUAUGCCAAGCCAAAAACCAUGAAGGCUUUUUCAUCAUAAAAAAAUCACACCUUUGGUUUUUGCUUUGAUUUUGGUGUCAUAAAUGGCUGCUUAUACAAAUGUUUGGCUCAGUAUUCAAAAUGUUCAGUAUGUAGAUGUUAAAAGAUAAGUAUAUUUAUUUAUUUUCUUAAUAUAUUUCUACAGCAUUUAUCCUUUUAAAAUGUAUUAUGUGUUAUGAGUAGCUUUAUUUUAAUAAUGCUUGACACGUAAAACUUCUGUAUGUUCAUUUUAAUUUUUAAAAUAUAAACAAGGACAUUGUUUGAAAACACUUUUCUACUAUAAUAGUCUUAUUCUGACUCUUUGAUAGGGUACACAAUGUUUAAGACCUCUAAAAGCCAGUUUCCUGAGAAAAUUUUGAAAUCUUUUGUGCAUGAGCAGUAGUGAUUGUCCUAGUAUUUAAUAUUGAGACCUGAGAGACAGUUACAAAUUUGGGGUUUAAGUGUUUCAUUAUAGCAUGAUGUUUGCCUCUUUGAGAAAUGUGUUUAAACACAAUGAUCUUACUUUACUUUUCAACCAUGAAUCUCUCCUUGAGAAGUAAAUGUUCAGAUAUAAUUAUGUAAGUGUUUUGGAAGAUUAUUAAAGCCACAAAAGUGCCAUUAAAUAAUUUGUUUGCUAUUUAGAACAGUUUAUAGUCAAGAACUUUCAACAAAGAUAAAUAUACACCGUUGAAAAACUUUCUAGACAGUUUGAUGUACAUGUUGAAAGCAUACUUGAGCCAGUUUGAACUGUGUAUUUAUAUAUUGGUGGUACAAAAGAACAUUUAUUUGAUGUGCUUGCUUAAACCUUACAAGAAAAAGCAAGCAAUACAUUCUUGGCACGACACCUUCUCAGUUUAGUUUAUUCCUUGUUACACCUUGAGCACUUGCCUCACUCUCUGCUGUUCUUUUCCAAGUCUGCUUUGGUCUCCCAACUCUCCUCCUCCCCUCAGGGUUCUAGUCAAGUGCCUGCUUAGCAAUGGUGUAAGCUGGUGUGUGCAUGGGUGUGUCCUAUCCAGCCCCAUUUGUGCUUUUUGAUGUCUUGGCUAGUGGCAUUCUGGUUGAUUCCUUCCACAGGCUGCUAUUGAGAGCAGGGAUGGGGUUGUGGAGGUACGCGAGGGGAAAUUGGUUUUGAAAUGUAAAUGAGAGAGCUUCUCUUCAGUCUGAGUACAGAUGGUUUGUUUGCAGCGCUUGAUGAUUUGGAAGAAUGUGGUGUUUUGUGAGAAUACAUAGCUUGUUUCUGCAAAUGUCACCAUUAAGAUGGGUGGAGAGGAGUAAAAAAGAAAUUAAUGAAAUACUUUUAAUAAUUUUCCUGCCAUUUUAUUGUACAAAAUAGGGCCAAAAAUGUGGUAGCUGCUUUUGCCUUCCAGAUACUCUUCAUCAUUUCCCUGUAUUACAAUAUGCAAAUAAAGUCACUAGAUCAUAAUUUUUUUUCAUUCGCCAACCAGGAAUUUUUCUUUAAUUCAACACAAUGUUUGUUUCUUUCAAAUACUGUUCAUGAAGACAAUGCCACCAUGCACCAUUCCCAUGUCUGAAGAGAAAGAUUUGUUACAGAAGAGAAAUGCCAGAUAAAUGGGCAGUUACCCAGCAGUUGAUUUGGAUAAGAAGUCUCAAAAGUGGAGAGAGACUUCAUAUGGUGUAAAUAAAUGCCAGCUCAAUUGGUUAUCAGCAUCAAUAUAUUAUGAAUAAAAUUCUGAAAACUAUCAGCGCAUUUCAUAAUGAAAUAAAUACGACAUUAAUAUUAACACUUUUUUGCAUGUCAAAACAAGUACAUGCCAUAUAAUAAAUUCAAGACUAGUUUAAUGGAUUCUGUAUUUUUUUAGGCAAGUAUGCUAACAAGGUCUAGGGUUCAAAUUGUACCAAUUGUUAUUUAAGAGUCAAAAUUAAGGAAGUCUAGCUUCCCUUUUACAUUUUAAUAUCUGUGAAAUAGCUUAUUAUUUUCAUUACAUUUCAGUGGUGGGCUCUUUAAAGUUGCUAAUUUUUUAACAAAUUUUUGUUCAUAUUCAUUUGUAAAGUAUCAGGAGACACCCUUUGUUCUAUUAACCAGACAUUUGAUUUCUCUAUUGACAUCCAAAUGAAAAUUUGUAACAUUCCUCUCAUAUUAGCAUUUUGUGUAUUUACUUACUGAUAUGCAUGUUAAAUGGCAAAAAUGGACUUAUAAAACAGCUUUGAAAAAUGGAUAACAUUCAAAUGCAUUACUGCUACUGUGUGCAUGGGUGAGUGCCUGAGAGAGAGAAAUCAGAAAAUGUAUAAAAUCAGUUUUUCUCAACUCAUAGUUUUACUUGAACUGGCUUGGAUAGUAAUUGUUAAAUGAUUUUAUGCAUUAGCCAAAUAAAAUGCACCAACAUCAAACAGGUAA